UGAAGAUGUAGUCCGUUUGGUCUCCAUGGAGAUGUCUCCAGUCUCAGUCUUUGCCCUGUUGCCAUGGUCACUGUGCUUGCUGUUCUUCCUGACUGCCGCCCGCCCCCAGACGACAAGCUCCGCCCCCACACAUGCAGCUUCCCUGAGGGCCAAUACGACGCUACUCUACGAGAGCGGCGCCGCGACUAGCCACAGCCUGCGUAACUGCAGUUGCUCUGCCCCCAUCAGGGACUGCGACGAAGUGCUGGCGAACUCUCUGUGCCGCUGCCACAGCGUGCCACGCUCCGCCCUGCCCCCCGCUAGGCUGCGGGAGGCGGGGCUGCUGGCGGUGUGGGUGAAGGAGCUCUGGGUCCUGGAGGAGCUGCUGAACGGCAGCGUGGUGGGCCACCUGCGCCUUUCGUUCUGCGGGAUCAAACCUGUGGACAGCCGGUACCUGGCUCUGCGGGGUCUGCAGACCCUCGGGAUUCACAGCGCCGUGCCGCAGGCUCCAUACCCUGACCAGGAAAUGACCCUCUCCCCCCCAGCGGGGGUCACAGCGGAGCUGGACACCCUUUCCUUUGGCUCCUCCUCCUUCCUGCACGUGACCUUCGUGGACGUGGCCGUGCUGAACGGGCUCUCUGCCCUGAAGGCAUACAGCGUGGCAGGACCGCCUGCCCCCACCCUCUCCCAGCACUUCCCCCUGCUGCGCGUUUCCCUGCCCCCCUCUGAUGACCCGGCUGAGAUGGCUGCAGACCGCCUGCAGGACCUGCUGGUGACCUUCGUGUACUGAACCUGGAAACGGAUGGCACUUGUUUGUGGGACGAGUUCCCUUCCUGCUGCUGCUCCUGUCCUGGAGACGAAGUGCCUCUGAUGCUCUGAUCCUGUAACGAGGUUUGGGAAUGUUUGCACUCUGAUUGGAUAAGAGGACAGCCGCGUGAAGCCACAGGGGUUUCACAUGCAUGUACACACUCUGACCGUCCACUGUGGUACCGUGUAACGCACCGCAGUAGAAACUCAUAGCUUUAUUAAUCAUCAUCCUUCAUAGGUUAGGUUUAAGCUUCAUGUCAGGUUAACAGGAAUUCCCACUACCAGGACCUGUUGGAGUCUCAUUGAGUCUAAACAUCUGCAGAUGCUUUACAGCUAACCUCUCAGUGUCCGUCAAGAUACUCUGACCUGUCACAGAUAGUGAAAAUUAGCCUUUUUAGCAUUUUACCAAUUGGUUGGUGUUAGUGGUUCAUAAAGCCUUUCACCCACAGUUUAUAAAGAGUGUCUCAUCAGGAAACUGAAGCUGGGGGAUUUUAAUGGUUUGGUGUGUGAGUGGCAUGUAAGUGAUUUGUAAAUCCUUAGUACUAGUGGGCGAGGAUGACUCCAUGGAAAAAUGGCCCGAGUGUGAAACAGCUGGAAGGGGACGAGGUGCUAACAUGACUCAGGCUGCUCCUGUGAGCCGAGCGGUGAUCUCCGCUGUCUCUGCGCUCACUUUUAUCCUCAAGUUUACAUCUGUCAGCGUUUCAUGAACUGAAGGUUCACGUCAGCGGCCAUCAACCACAAGCCGUUUCACAGCCUUUAGACCUCGCUCAGACUUUAUGGACUGCAGCGUAACUGUUACCAAAAGCUGUGGUUCAUUCAGGUGCCAUUAAACAACUGUAACUGUGAAGUCAUUACUGGGCAGACAGCCUGCGGUCUGCAGGCUUCCUGAAUCUAUGAGACAAACAACACGAUUGUUCCCAGAAACAGAAGAGAUCCAGGCUCUGCCUCCACUUCGCUGGGUGUUAGCGCUCCGUCCUGUCCAGGUGCUCUGUCUCUUUCUCAGUUCUUAGACUUACAUGGGCGACAACUUACAGCAAAAACACAAAUCAGAGACACAACAGGGCUCACUGAACACUUUUACUGAUGAACCACGCCAUCCUCAUCAUCACAGCCACAACUGCAGGAAUAUCUUUAGGAAACAGAUUUCAUAACAGAUCUCUAGUAGGGUUGGGCGAUAUGUAAAAGUUUUCCAACCAACAAUCAUCAGUCCAAUAAUCAACGAUGGGCGAUAUAUUCGCGCAUGCACAGACUUUUUGAUGGGCGGAGCAAUGUAAUCAUGCACAGACUGAUUUCCGCAGAAGUACAAACAUGGACGAACUAAUAGGGCUGUCGGCGUUAACACGGUCAUCACGAUUAAUGCGAUUAAACUUUUUUAAUGCACUCAACCCAUCUGGAGCGCAGAUUGAACAAACUUUGGACAAACUGCCCGAAAUGCGUUGACAGAGACAUUUCAGGGAUUUUGACUCAGUUUGCGCUCCAGAUGGGUUCAUUGUUAAUCGCGUUAGUCGUGAUGAUGGCGCGUUAACACUGACAGCACUAAAAAAAUAUAACGUCGCCAAUUUGGGAUGAAAGCGGUAAACCUAAGGAUGUAACCGUUGGGCUCAGCCUAUCGUUGAUAGACGAUAUAUUCAUCCAGUCGCCCAACCCUAAUCUCUAGAGACGUGCAGAAUCUCACAGAGGCUCACACCUCCAGAGUUCAUGCUUCAAAAGAGCCAAAAAUAAACCCCAUACAAAACCUCUUCAGGUGCAUCCUGGGCAUGCAGCUCAGCACUCAGUUUCAUUUGGCGAGAUAAUAAAUCAACAUUAAGACAAUUCUGAGAAUGAAUUUGCACGACAAAGCGCUGAAGCCACUUUCAGAUUCACGUCUUUACUUUAAGUUGAGAACUCCUCCAGUCUCAUUUUCAGAGCAUCAAAUGAUGAGUGCUCUGAGUGGUUUCAAACUCAAACCAGCGUUCAGCAGCGAGCCAGCAGCUGAGCUGUGCAGGAGGUCUGUCAGAGGUGUUGCACAGAUGCGCCUGAUGCACAUCGAGCAGGAGAAUCGCUCACAGACACUAAAGAGUAUGAAUGUGGUGACUCUGUCUGCUGCAGUUAGAACGAGGGCGCGUUGGCUUCCUGCAGAUCUGCGUUACAUAACGGCCUUGUGGAAGAACAUUUGUGUGCCACAUGAUGAAAUCCUGUCGGUGCAGAUUAUUAAGAUGAAAACAAGACGUACUGUGGCAGCUGGCCACAGUGAACGCUGUCCAGAGCGGGACGAGCGCGUCUGCCGCUCUGUCUUUGAAACAUUACUCAUACACACCGCUGUGUCGGUUUAAGGACGACGCCUCUGAAUGUAAACAUGUCCGACAGCAGCAGGGUCUGCUGAGGUCGGAGAGCUCGGCAGGCGCUCUGCCGCGUUUUCCCAGCUGCUCUGAUUGAGAGCAGAUGGCCUCAUAAAACAAGUUGUUUUGAAACAGGUUAAAAUGGACGCCGAAGAACACGAGUGCCAGCAUUAGGAUCCUCCGUCAGCAGCCAACACCGCUCACUCGUUUGGACAGCGACCAUGACUCGGGCUCUGAUGAGCUGGAUGAGCAUGUGGGCGGGGCUGCGCAGCUGUCGGUCAGCACAGCGCAAACGGAACGUGUUUGUUUCACACUUGCUUUAAGGCCGAGGAGCUUUCAUGCUCUCGCUGUCCUCCUGCUCGAGUCCUGAGAGGCUCUGUGAGACCUCCUUGCACAAACACCUCUGUGUGCACAUAAACGUGUGUGUGUGUGCGUAUCUGUGUGCGUGUGUGUCUGUGUGUGUGUUAAACCCGUCCAGUGAGGAUUCAGAGCAGAGAGUCAGAGUUCAGGUCCACGCCCAGCACACGCUGGCCUCUAUCCUUAAUUACACGGCAGGACUUUGCACGCUGCUCAGCGCCUCUGUGUGAGGAAAUGUUCCCGCGAACAGAAAUAUUUGAAACGUGCACAGAGCACAGCUCACUUUUACAAACACCAACCUUAGAGUCCAAAACGAUGUGCGUCAGAAAUGCUUUGAUUCGCUUCCAGGUUCUAAUUCUCAUUCACAGCAGGACAGCUACAAAGUGCACACACAUGGCCAGAGUCCAAGCUAGCACGUUCGACUUAAUCAAGGCCAGGUGGAGGGAUUAGCCCUUUUUCUUACACUGGGUUUGAUCUCAUGCACAAAAGUCUGAUGUGAACAGAGGGUUCAGUUUCCUGGAGUUUCUCUGUUCUGAAACAGUUCAGUUUCGGCUCUGCAGGUGUCCCUGUGCUGCAGCCACACGGCCGAGGCUGUCAGGCAAAUCAGUGCAUGUUUGCUAAUGUCCUGGUAGUUCCUCACACUCUGGUGGUCAAAGACAGAACUGAAAGCUGCUCCUGAGUUAAACCAUAAGCUAUAAAGAUACAUUUAUCAUUUCUUAUACUGUAACAGUCCAUAUAAACCUUUGAUGGGCUGUUGCUGUUUGAAGCAGCCCCUAAAUGACCAAAACAAACGUUCUUCUUUAUUUUCUGGCUGUUUGCAGCCCUCUAGUGGUUGUAGGUGGAACUUCAGUUGAAAGUGGAGACGGGGUCACAGGGAGGUUUAGUGCUUCACCAGCCAGCUGGAGAAUCCUCAUUUUUCCGGACCGACCUGAGGCUCGUAGAUGGUCUGUGAUUGGUCUCUAGGCCUGUCCAACAGCUGACGUCACCUGGUUAGUGGUGAAAGCCUGAGUAUAAGAAGCACUGCUCAUGAGAAGAAAAUGUUUAAGAUCACUUUGAUUUGGAGGGGGAGGGGUUUAUAACUUUUACCACAACCUGCCACCAGAGGGCGAUUGCCAUGCUGUCCAUCUUUAUAUACAGUCUGUGUUUUCAAGUUUACCCAGUCAGGAAUAAGGAGAACCGCUGGGUGAGUUUGCCCUCCUCGGUGACUGUCAGGCUCCUCCUGCUCUUCCUUCCUGAGCACAAACACUUGUAGUUAUGCAACAGGCAGAAGUCUGUCUGUGAAUGCCAUCUGCUCUGGUAAACACAAACAGAGCGCGCUCACAUUUCCAGCGUGCAGCGCUCUGACACACUGGGAUUUUUCCACAGCUCUCCCCAUCUGCUAAACUGGGCUGUAACACGCCUCCAUAAUGGUUCUCAGGCAGUUCACAGAGGACUGGCACUGAAAGUCAAAGAGUCUGGAACUUUCCACCACAAAAUGGGUGAAAAUGAGCUCAGCGGGUUUUUUGGGUUUGACGUCACUCCCUCGUCCUGUCUCCGUUUCCUCUCCUGGUCUCUGUUCCAGCACCUUAACUCUGCAUCAGGGAACGUGUUUCGCUUUCGGAUGAUUUGCACGCUUGUUACAGGCUUCGUGAUGACUCGUGUGUUUAAGGAGCAGGUUGUGUAUUUGGAAACGGCUCGGCACCUUUGAUUUGUAUAUAAUUUGGAGUGAAUGUCAUAAACACGUCAUCAUGUGGAAGCUUUGUGUAGUCUGACAAUAAAGUUUGAAAAAGUG